AUGUGCUGCGGAUGCGGACCCUGUGGACCCAAGUGCUGUGCCCCAAGCUGUUGCGAAUGCUGCUGCGUUGAGAUGUGCUGUUCUCCCUGCACUCCGGCAUACCUCCAAUGCACCCAUUUCCCAUGCGGCCCAUGCGGCUCAUGUUGCUAGGACAACUUCAACCAAAAAAGCUGAGAUAACUACCUCAUUCAUACAAUCAUCGUAAAACUGAACCUUAAUUCUAAAAAAAACUUCGCAUGUAAACUUCAUUGGAAUAAAAGAAACAAAUGUUUAUAAGAACAAAUCUAUUUUUGAAUUGGUUUAUAUAUUUUGGAAUUGGGAGAUAAAUCGGUUUUAAGGAAUAAUACCUAAGGCUAGUCAUAUAUAAGGAUAAUAAAGAUACCGAUGAUUCUUUUUAUGAGGAAGUCUCUGUAACUAUCAAAGUAGGCCUAUUAAAUGUAGGUAGCAAGUUGCCUAUUAAUUUAAAACAAAAUCAAAGGAGUCUUUGCGUUUUAGCUUAUUUCCUUGUCAAUGAAAUCUAAAAUGUAUUUCAUUUCUCAUCUAAAUUUCAACACGUAAAGUGUAUUUGUUUUUUGUUCUCGGAAAAUAAAUCUUCGCCGCCAUGUGUUGCCCGAGUCGUUACUACAGGAGCACCCCAUGCGUCCAGUGCUGCCUAAUCGAUUGUAGCUACUGUUGCCCCCGAUCCCAAUGCGGAGGUCCUUGCUGUACCACCGUAUUUCCUUCUCCGGGUUGUUGUGGGGGUUGUUGCGGUCCCUGUUAAUACCUGGGCAACAAAAAAUAUUAAACAUCUCAUGACGAGCGGAUGCCAAAAAUAAAGUAGUCUGUCUAUGAAUUUUAUCUGUCAAAUUUUUGGAACCUGACGACGAAUCCCAUAUGGAAAAUUCAGUCCGACCCCGAGCCUUGAUGUGAACACAACAAAAUACAAAUAAAUAGAAAACAUUUUCAAUAGCUAACAUCUUUUGAAAAUAAGAUAUUUUUUGUGAACAUCAAGCUCGCUGUUGGAUCGGAAGACUCGCUCCAUUCGGGAUAUUUUGAUUUCAACUUCAGUGAUCUCAUAACCGAUCGCCACGAUGUGCUGCAAUCCCGGAGGCUGCUGUAAUCUUCCCACAUGCAUUCAGUGUACCAACUUUUGCUUCAACUGCUGGACGGGCACGGCUGCUAUACCUUGCACCCGCAAAAUUUGCGUUCCUGGCUGUUUCUGCGGGCCAUGUUGUUAACCUGUGAUCCUCCUACGAGCAUCCAGUGCACCAACUUUUGGGUCAACUGCAGCACAGGCCCGGGUGCAACAAUCUUAACCCGAAAAAUUGGCAUUCUGGGUGUUCCGGUUGGUUACGUUGAGGUCACGGAAGCAUAAAGACUCGCUUUCGGUAUGGGAGACACGCAACGACCGGGAAAUUUUAGUGUCAACAUCCAUGAUCUCAUUACCGAUCGCAACGAUGUACUUUGAUCCCGGAAGUUGCUGUGACCCACCCACAAGCAUCCUGGGCACCACCUUUGGGGAUCUUAAUCCUCAAACCCGGAGGAUCAAUGCAGUAAUCUCUUCCCCCCCAGCAGUCAGUGGCCAAAUUUGGUUAACUGCGGUCGUGGAUGUUCCAGCAGACUCAAUUUCAUCAAAAUUAUAAAAUGUUAUAUCCAAAUUAAAACCAUUCCGAGUAGUAUAUCCUUAAA